AUGUAGUCAAAGACUUGGUUCCGUUUUGGACUACCCGCUUACUGGUCCUCUCGAAUAUGCGAGUAUAAUAGAACAAUAUCAUUCUGUUCUCAAAGAAGCAUAUGAAGCGAAUAUGAAGCUAUAUACAAUUUCUGAUAUAAGCCCUGAAGUAAAGGCAGUAAGGAUGAAGAAAAGUGUGUUUAUGUUAGGCAUUUUCGAGCAAGAAUGAUAAGGAAAGUCAGUUGCAGGCCGUUAAAUCUUUGGAACCUAGCAUUCUUAUUAUCAAUAGAGCAUGUACUUUUAAACAGCCUUUGUGUAGCAUUUGUCGAAUGUGUUGUAAUUGAAGGUCAAGGUGUCAUCGAACUCAUUAAAAUACUUUUGUCUGGCAACGACAUUGAAUCAAACCCGGAAGCCGUUUUUACUCUCCUUGCCUUUCUCUACUGUUGUGUCCAGUUUGACUCCAUAAAAGUAUUUCCGCUCUUUUAUAUCAUCCACCCCAGCUCUCCGUUCCCCUCAUCCAAAACAUCCUGUUUUUUUAUCGCCGUUGUUCCACCGCCAUCAUCGACAUUCAUUCCCAAGUGUACUCCUCUCUCUUGUUGACUCAGUCAUUCAGCCUCUCCGACGCAGACAGUCGUCAGCUCUCUUCCUUCCUCGCGGAAUACCAGCCCAUGCAGCAAGAGCUGCUCACCCAAUUAACCAACUAUCUCAACGAAAGCCAAGCCAAAUCAAAGUCGCAAUCGCAGCCUUCUGGGUCUGUUUCCGAGAAUCACGCUGCUGUACGGCUUCUUCGCGAUAUCUGCAACGCAUUGAUCGGGUUUUUAGGAGAGGAUGGCGAAAUGGAGGAAGAGCCGAGAACGAAGUAUCUGCUAUGUUUAACGGGACUGCUGAUCCUUCUGGACUCUCUUAUUCCGUGCGGCGUGUUUGUAAAGGAGAGCGGAGUACAGAUUGUGCGAGCAGUGGAGGUGUGUGUACAAACGAAGAACGAGAAGGCGAAGGAAUGCUUGUCGAUUCUGCGGUACAGCAGCAAGACAUUUGCACUGCCGACAACGAUGAGGAAGGUGCGGAAGAUGAUUGUAAAUGCAACUGAUUAG